GUCUUGAAAUUCUGCAGCAGCAUCAUAUCACCACCUGUUAUGAGUAGAUCAUCAACAUACAAUGACAUAGCUGCGUGUCACCAUUUGAAACCUUCACAUAAAGUGUGGUUUAUUUUCAAUCUUGUUGAAUCCCUGUUCCAGCAGAUAACCAUAUAUUCUGCUAUACCAAGCCCUUGGUGCUUGUUUCAUGCCAUGCAAGACUUUCUUUAACCUUUAAAGGAGCUGGUUGAAAGAUUUCCUAAAGAUCUAAAUGCCAAAUUCAAUUCAGGUGCUGCUGUCAAGCAUACCUCAGAUAUUCGGAAUGUAUUCUCUAAUGAGAACUGUUUGGGCAGCUUCGCAAUCCAACACUGUUGAAGUUCUUAGCUGCUUCUACACCUGAAAAUCCCGAGGAUGUUUCCUCGGGAAAACACUCCAACGCUCAAGUCAGCAAUACUCGAUAUUCUAGAGAGAGAUGCUCUUAAAGAGUAAUUGCAGAGAGAGAAGCGUAGAGAUUAAUUACCUUCAUCGGUGGUAGUUGGGUAUUUAUAGCCCCAAAUGCUGACAUGCA